GGACUUCAUUGCUCCGUGGUGUUUUUCUGGGAGGAGUGGAGCAGCAGGGAAACAAAACAGCAACAACCAAUGGUACAAACCUAGCUUGGACGGAACCACAGAUGAAGCUGCUCGGUUACACCUCUUCUACACCGUGUUUAAGUCGAGCCCUUCGGCUCAUACUUUUUAUUACUCGUGUAUAAAAGGAGGGGGGGUGGCUGGUGGACACGGCGACAUCAGAGGCGCCCGGGUCACACAGCAUUAUUUAACACCGCCUGUCUACGAGGUUUUUAUUAUUUCACUGGCGUUUGCUGAGGCUGCGCUUUGGGAAAGGGCCGAGCACCCCCUGAAAAGCAGGAAUGAGUUAGCUGUGUAACAAGCUAGUUGUGGUAUUUGUUGGCGUUUUGCUGCUCACAUUAAGACCACUCUCCAUCCCUGCUGUUUGCACGUAUGGCCGCUCGGAUACAAACAAACACCUUUCGUUUUCUUUUGAAGCUUUUCUCCCCCUCCGAGCCUCCUGGUUUUGUCUUUUCAUGGGGGAGAGGGGAUGUGCGCAUGCGCGGCAGGCUACUCUAUAAAACAACAGUAUCUUACUAAAGGCGAGUAUUUUCGUGAACAGUGCCAAAGAUUAGCCUCAGUUUGUAAAGACCUGUGUGGUCCGCGUUUUGUCGUUUUCUUCAGAUAAGUGCUGCACUUCUGUCUCUUUGUUCUGACCACGACACUCCAGCAGGCUGCUCUCAGCUCUCAGACUUGAAGCUCCCCCCUUUGACGACCUCCCCCUCCCAUCUUUAUGGAGGACCAGGCCCGCAUGAUGUUGGGUCACAUUGGACUAACUGGACUGUCUCAGGAGGAUGUGUGCGAUCCUGACAUCUUACGGAAACACCAGAACUUGGGUCAGCCGCAGCAGGACAUUGGUGACAUCCUCCAGCAGAUCAUGACCAUCACAGAUGAGAGUCUGGAUGAGGCCCAGGCCAGGAAACAUGCUUUAAACUGCCACAGAAUGAAGCCAGCCCUCUUCAAUGUCCUGUGUGAGGUCAAAGAGAGGACAGCCCUGAGUGUCCGAGGCAUCCAAGAAGAGGACGGUCCGGACCCUCAGAUCAUGCGUCUGGACAACAUGCUCUUAGCGGAGGGCGUCACCGGUCCAGACAGGGGCGGAGGGUCCGCAGCGGCAGCAGCAGUUGCCGUGGCAGCUGGAGGGUCGCCUAAUGAUCAGAGCUUACAAAACACUGAAUACAGAGAGAAGCUCGCUCACAUACGACAGAUGUACCACACUGAGCUGGAGAAAUAUGAACAGGCUUGCAACGAAUUCACAGACCACGUGAUGAACCUGCUGAGGGAACAGUCUCGUACGCGACCCGUCUCACCCAAAGAGAUCGAGCGAAUGGUGGGAAUCAUCCAUCGCAAGUUCAGCACUAUCCAGAUGCAGCUGAAGCAGAGCACGUGUGAAGCUGUCAUGAUCCUUCGCUCCAGGUUCCUGGAUGCCAGGCGGAAACGAAGAAACUUCAGCAAGCAGGCAGCGGAGAUUUUGAAUGAAUAUUUUUAUGCCCACCUGGCAAACCCAUACCCCAGUGAGGAGGCCAAGGAGGAGCUCGCCAAGAAGUGUUCCAUCACUGUGUCUCAGGUGGCCAACUGGUUUGGAAACAAGAGGAUUCGGUACAAGAAGAACAUGUCAAAGCUCCAGGAUGAAGCUAACCUGUAUACCAGGAAGUCAGCUGCCAGUGUGUCUUCCCAGGCGAGCCAAGCCAACUCCCCAGCGACGCCAAAUUCAGGAGGAUACCCGGCCUCGUGUUACACUCCUGAUGGGAGGUGAUGAGGAGGACCUGCCCCUCGUCACGGUCUCCAUGUUGAUGAUGGCUGGCAGGACAGUGGUGCUUCCUCCUCCUAUCUCCCCACACGUGAAGUACCAGGCGGCAAGCUCUACGCCACCUCCAGCUGAUGCUCCACCUUCUGCCCCGCUCCCCACUCUGCGCCUCAGACUGAUACAACUCAGACUGAAGCCCAGACUCCUCACGUCUCAAAAUCUUUUUUUUUGUUCGUCUUUGUGAUCCUUUUCCCACAUCCCUUCCACACAUUUUUUAUUCCCUCCUCUUUACAAAUACGUUGACACUUGUGUUAAAAAAACAAUUACUUACUACACUUUUCUCCUAUUUCUUUUCAAUAAGAUAAAACAAAUGAUGAAAAGAAGCCUUUUUCAUGUACUGCAUCACCUACGAAGGUUUAGGGCCGGUAUUUGGCCUUGAACCAUCAUUUUUAUUUUUAAGAAUUAAAAUACGACAAAAAAGAUAGCAUUUAGAUUUUAACAUUUCUUCAUUCUCGUUAUUUUUUUAUUAUUUUUUUUUGUUGAAGAAAACUGCUGUCACAGAGAAAAUGCAUUGAAACGAGUACAACAACAUCUAAAUGGCAGAAAUGACCAAAAAUGGAUAAACACGUAGUCACUCUUUAUAUUUUUGCAUCCUGUGGUGUUGCUUCAGACAAGACCUGAGUUUGAGUUUGUUUCCAUUUAUAUGAUUGUAAAAACAACAUUGCUUUAACAGUAAUUAUGUUUCCUAAAUGCUUUUGAAGCAACCAAACCAAAGAGGCUUCCACCCAGGAUGUGCCCAUGUGCACACUUGAACUAUUUAAUCAGCUGUAAUAUUUAUGUUCAGUUUCUGAUUAUAUUAAAUGGGUUCAUGUGUGUUUUUUUUUUUUUUCCAUCUGUGCCCUCUAGUGUUGAGCAGUGCUGCUGCAUCUAACAGGCUUCUGGAUAUUUUGAUCAACCUUUUUUUUUCUUUUCAUACAGAGGAAUGUUUCCUUCCCAAACUGUUGUUUUCAAUCUUUUUUUUGUUCUAGUUAAUCUUCAAUAGUGAAUGUCAACAAAUCCUGAAACCUGAUAAACAGAGAACAGGCUCUAUUAUUCAUUUAUCUAGUGGAGAAGCUGCUGAGGUCGACAGCUGUCCAGCAGUAUCUGAUAAUGUAGUGAGUGCCACACAGUGUGAUAGCUUAGUUGGAUUAAAUGCCCCUGAAAAUUAAAAAUGUAAAAAAAAAAAUAAAGACAAAAAAGUGCCACAAAUGUUAUUAUUACAAUAAAUUGUGAUUAGGAUUCGUAUAUAGGAUGAUGAUGAUGUAAUAUUAAUUACACUCUUAGAAGACACUCCCCUGUAAUGUUACAUAAUGCAGACAUGUGUUGUAAUAGCAGAUUUCAUGACUUGUGCACCCUGUUAACAUGGACUUUUUUAUUGCAUUUUGUUAUUCUGCUAACAUUAAAGUCAAUUGCUACGUA